AUGGAAAAACUGCAACAGGCUCUUUCAACACUGGAAAGUUUGCUGGAGGACAGGGGCGACGCCAUCUUCCAAAUAGAUUUCACCCAAGAUUUUUCGGGCGCGCUCGACCGAAAAGCGCUUGUCGAGCAUUUGCACAACUCGACAGAUUUUGCUUUCCAGGAUUUUGGGUUCCCAGAGGCGAGAGGCACUAUUCUGGACAACACUGCGAGCGCUGGUGAGCACGUUUGCACUUGGAUACAGACGACCGACAGCGGGUAUACGACAAGGACAAAGCUAUACAACAAAAAAGUCUCGCAGUUCGAAGCGGGAGGAGUCCAGAAACAUUUUGAGGCACUCUCGCAGACUACGUCUGUUAUAAGGAGAAACACCUUCGCAAAACUCUUGCACACCUGAAAGCGUAAAAAAUGUUGUACUCGAAUAGAGGUGUCUCUGUACGCUUAUCAAGGGGAAAGGCUUUCCGAAGAAACAGCGAAAGAGUUGGUAUAAAACGCCUUGGAGGAGGUGUCUCAAGAGGGAGAAGAUUUGUUUGUGGUACAGCCGCCGAAAAGGCAAUGGGAGAACCUUGGACAGCUGUUUCCUUCUCGCAGAUAGACCGCAGGGAGAUAUCCACAUGGCUUGGGGAUACCACACCACCAAGGGGAGAGUUCAGGGGAUAG